CACCGACAUUGACUCACUCGGUAACCUACAAAACAGCGUAGAUUCAGUUUGACAACAGUAGUGUGAACGGACAGACAUUUGUGUAAAAUGUCGGCGAUUCUACACGUAGCUUUCAGAGACGCUGGAGCAAAGGCCGGCCUGGAGAUAUGGAGGAUCGAGGAUAUGGAGCCAGUGCCAGUCCCAAAACACCAGUACGGCAACUUCUAUACGGGAGACUCGUACAUCGUGCUAAAGACAACUGGAGACGCGCCCCGUUUUUCCUGGGACAUCCACUUCUGGCUGGGCUCCAAGACGUCACAGGAUGAGGCUGGGGCGGCGGCCAUCUUGUCUGUCAACAUGGAUGACCAGAAGUUCAAUGGUGCCGCCAUCCAGCACCGGGAGACUCAAGGAUAUGAGUCUAAGCAGUUCUUGGGGUACUUUGAGCCAGCCAUCAGAUAUUUGGAGGGAGGCCACGCGUCAGGUUUCAACCACGUCACCAUCAACGCGGGCGUAGAAAAACGACUGUUCCAGAUUAAGGGCAAGAGGAACGUCAGAGUGAGACAGGUGGACGCAUCAGUAUCCUCAAUGAACAAGGGCGACUGCUUCAUCCUGGACGUAGACCACGACAUCUUCGUGUUCGUCGGAGAGAAAGCCAAGAGUGUGGAGCGGCUGAAGGCCAUCACAGUAGCUAAUCAGAUCCGGGACCAGGACCAUAGCGGCAGGGGGAAUAUUGAGAUCAUUGACCCGUACUCAAACGAAGGUGACGUGGAGAAAUUCUUCGAGAUCCUGGGAUCCGGAGACAUGGACUCGGUGUCUGACGACUCUGAAGGCGGUGAUGAUGAGGAGUUUGAACGCGGCAACAUCCAAGAAGUGACCCUCAGCGAGAUCUCCGACAGCACUGGCAACAUGAAGAUCACGAAACUGUCCAAACCGUUCACCAAGGAACUGCUGAACAGCAAAGAAUGCUAUAUCUUGGACACUGGAAGCAGCGGCAUAUACGUCUGGGUUGGAAGAAAUUCCAAUGAAAAAGAAAAGGCUGAAGCCAUGAACAGAGCACAGCAGUACCUGAAAGCACACAGCCUUCCCCCAUGGGUGCACGUGUCCAAAGUUCCUGAGGAGAUCGAACCGACUGCCUUCAAGCAGUAUUUUGAAGACUGGAAUUAAUGUAAUAUUUAUAAUUACUAUGCUAAAUGUAGAGAGAAAAUGACAUGAUAACCACGAGUUUAUUAAAAAGUAACUGAACCAUGUCCCAAACAAAAAUCCUUAUUGAGGCUGAGUACUUAAUCGUAACUAUAACCAAAACUUGUUUUUUGUAUGAAGUUUGAGAACUUUGAACUUAAACAAACAUCAAAAAUCUAUGAAACUCCAUAAAAAAGCACCGGUUAUCGUUAUAGUUACGGUUAAAGUUAGGCGGUGCAACUCAGCCUAAGUGUGUGACAAGACAAGGUAAUCUAUUGUGAGUUUUAUACUAUUACUAGCUGACCCGGCGAACUUUGUUCCGCCUUAAUGGCAAUAAAUAAGCAGACUUUUUUUUAUUUCGAA